AUGGCUUUUGCUCAUCAUGCCACAGCUAUUAUACCCUUCAAUGAUACUACGUGUCAAACAACUUUGGAAAAUGGAACGAAAUGUUCUCAACAACAUUGUCGGCAUGUUGAAGACAAUGUUUGCGAUCUAGGUGAUGAUGAAGACCACUUCAAGGAUCGUUAUUGUGAUAUGUGCCGUAUGGAACUAUUUCAUUCGUUGUGUGCAAAAACCGAAGAAAUGAAGGAAGAAAAACAAGAAAAAGCUAAACAAACAGGUAAAAAUUAUUUCAUAGCUACGGGUUUCGCGGACAACAAUGGCUGGCAAUAUCAACAUGUGGACAGUGGCGAAAUAUUUUGGGAUUGUGACUGUCCUGAUACUGAAGAAAUUAUUCAAGCGUGUGGCGAUAGAUGGCUUGCGAGAAACAACGUCUGCGAAAAACAAUGUACUCACCAAACAGUAAUCGAACAAUUUUUUAAAUAG